AUGGGAUCUCAUGCUGUUUAUAAUGGACAAAAACCACACGUAGUUUGCGUGCCUUAUCCGGCUCAAGGCCACAUCAAUCCAAUGAUGAAAGUGGCUAAACUCCUCCACAUUAGAGGCUUCCACGUCACUUUCGUCAACACCGUCUACAACCACAACCGUCUCCUCCGGUCCCGUGGACCCCAUGCCCUCGAUGGGCUUCCUUCCUUCCGAUUCGAGUCCAUCCCUGACGGUCUACCGGAGACGGACGUGGACGUCACACAAGACAUCACUGCCCUUUGCGAGUCCACAAUGAAGAACUGUCUCACUCCCUUUAAGGAGCUUCUCGGGCAGAUCAACGCCGGAGAUGAUGUUCCUCCGGUGAGUUGUAUCUUAUCCGAUGGUAGUAUGAGCUUCACCCUUGAUGCUGCGGAGGAACUUGGAGUCCCGGAGGUUCUUUUUUGGACCACUAGUGCUUGUGGCUUCAUGGCUUAUUUACACUUUUAUCGCUUUGUCGAGAUGGGUUUAUCUCCUCUCACAGAUGAGAGUUACUUGACGAAGGAGUACUUAGACACUGUUAUUGAUUGCAUACCGUCGAUGAAGAACAUGAAAUUAAAGGACAUUCCUAGCUUCGUACGUACCGCUAAUCCUGAUGACAUUAUGCUCAAUUUCCUCCUCCGCGAGACUGAGCGAGCCAAACGUGCAUCUGCUAUCAUUCUCAACACAUUCGAUGACCUCGAACAUGAAAUCCUCCUGUCUAUGCAAUCCAUUUUACCUCCGGUUUAUUCAAUUGGACCUCUACAUCUCAUAGCAAACAAGGAGAUUGCAGAAGAUAGCGAGAUUGGAAAGAUGGGAUCAAAUUUAUGGAGAGAGGAGACAGAGUGUUUAGAUUGGCUCGAUACUAAGUCUCGAAACAGUGUUGUUUACGUUAACUUUGGGAGCAUAACGGUUAUGACGGCGAAACAGCUUGUGGAGUUCGCUUGGGGUUUAGCAGGAAGCGGGAAAGAGUUUUUAUGGGUGAUCCGGCCGGAUUUAGUAGCCGGAGAAGAGGCGAUGGUUCCGCCGGAGUUUUUAAAGGAGACGGCCGAUCGGAGAAUGCUGGCGAGUUGGUGUCCUCAAGAGAAAGUCCUUUCUCAUCCGGCGAUCGGAGGGUUCUUGACGCAUAGUGGAUGGAACUCGACGCUAGAGAGUCUCUCUGGCGGAGUUCCGAUGGUGUGUUGGCCGUUCUUUGCAGAUCAACAAACAAACUGUAAGUUCACUUGUGAUGAAUGGGAGGUUGGGAUGGAGAUCGGCGGAGAGGUGAAAAGGGAGGAGGUUGAGGCAGUGGUUCGAGAGCUUAUGGAUGGAGAGAAAGGAAAGAAAAUGAGAGAGAAAGCAGAAGAGUGGUGUCGCUUGGCGGAAGACGCGACAGAGCAUAAGCUUGGUUCGUCUGCGGUAAAUUUUGAGACGUUUGUUAACAAGGCUCUUCUGGGACAAAGAACAGAACGAGGCCAUGAUUAG